AUGACAGAUCAUCGGUCUUUUCUGAGGAUUUGGCAAGACGGCAGAGGCAGAGCUGCAGAGACGCGGACCUUCCGCAAGUUCACCUACCGCGGCGUGGACCAGGACCGGCUGCUGAACACGUCCUACGAGGCGCUGAUGCAGCUGCACAGUGCGCGCCAGCAGCGGCGGCUGAACCGGGGCCUUCGGUGGAAGCGGCCCUCGCUGCUGAAGCGCCUGCGCAAGGCCGAGAAGGAGACUCCGCCCAUACAGAAGCCGGAAGUGGUGAAGACGCACCUGCGGGACACGGUCAUCCUACCCGAGAUGGUGGGCAGCGUGGUGGGCGUCUACAACAGCAAGACUUUCAAUCAGGUGGAGAUCAAGCCAGAGAUGAUUGGCCACUACCUGAGCGAGUUCUCCAUCACUUACAAGCCCGUGAAGGACGGCCAGCUGGGCAUCGGGCCACUCACUCCUCCCGCUGAAGUAGUGGCUCUGCUAAUAAAGGCACACAGAUCUCCAAAAAAAAAAAAAAAAAAAAGACAGAUCAUCAACAUUCAUGAAAGGGAGCACAAGGAGGACAGUGUGGCAGUUAAGUGA